CUUGACAUAAUCAUUUGUAGAUUUAUUUUUAACUUUAUCUUUCAAUUUCUGAACAAAUUUCAUUAUUUUCAAUUCCAAUUUCUCUUCCCAAUUUUUAAAAAAUUGUUCAAUUUCUUGUCUAAAAUCUUCAACUUUUUUCUUUUCCUUUAUAUAUUCAAUAUUAAAUUCAUCACAUUUUGUUCUUAAUUUUUCACAAUUUUCUUUUAAAUUUUCGUAAAUAUUAAAAAAUUUAAAUUCUCUAAAAUUUAAAUUUUCUAUAUCUACACAUAUUUCGACAACUUUUAUUAAUUUUAAAAAAUUAUUUUCUUCCAAAACAAUUAAAUGGGCAUUGAGAAUCUGAAAUUUUAAAGAUAAUAUUUUUUUAAAUAAUUUUUUUUAUUUAAAUAUAAAUCCAUUUACCUAAAAAAAUUUUAGAAUUACAAAAGAAAUUCGAGAAUAAAAUCAAAAGCUCGUGAAAAUAUUUUUUAAAUUUAAAUUCUCUUAUUACUUGUACUUCCCUCAAAUUUCCCAUUAACAGAAAAAACCUUGUGGAUAAUAGCUCUGUGGAUAAAUAAAUAAUUAAAAUAUAAUAUAAUAAUUGUAAAGGCAUCUAUAACGAAGAAAAAGUAAAGGCAAAACCUCAGCCAAUUUUGGCGUUAACAGAAAGGUGAUUCGAUUCCUACCCGAAUAACCAACCCUUUACCUACUUCAAGCUUUUUCCUGAAUUUUUUAUCUUUCAAAUUUUUCUCCAAAUUUAUUACAUUUUUAAAUUCAUUAAAUACUUCAAUAAACAUCGAAAAUUUUUUAGCAUUUGCCAAGAAUUUAGGAAUAUCUGGAUUUAAUAGUGCCAUGUUUUUAAUUUCGUUACUUAAUAUAUUUAGCUGAUGAUAAUUUUCGGAUACCGAUUUAAAAUAAUUAUCAGCCUCUUUCAAAUCAUUAAUUAAUGGAUCGUCUAAAUUUAAAUUUAAAAUUAUAUUAAAUAUAUUUUAUGGGUAAUCUUGCUUUAAUGAUUUUUAGAUUGCCUUUUAAGUCGAUCCGACAUUCGAGGCGACCGGGCAAACUUAAUAUUUUGGAUAAAAUCAGGACAUUAUGGCAACCUUUACAACUUUAUCUAAACAAAUCCCACCUUCCGUGUCUCUUUUCUGUUCACAAAUUUCUUCUCCAACUUUACUUGUACUUCCCUCAAAUUUCCCAUUAACAGAAAAAACAAAAUUUAUUUUAAUCAACAAAAAUAGAAUAAAUUGAAUAAUAAUA